UCGCCAAGCUCGCACACUGGCAGCUCUGCCUUCGUGGAGAAGUAGCUCAGCAGCUAAGGUAAUACCAGAGGUGAGAGGUUAUGGAGGUGUGCGGCGUCGGCGGCGGCGAGAAGAGCGCGCUGGCCUCCGAGCUGGCGCAGAUGCAGGCCAUGGUGAGGGAGCUGGGCGCGCACAUGGACCAGCAGGACCUGCCGGCGGCCGUGAGGGAGCUCUGCGGCGAGCUCUGCGGGGAGCUGGCGUCGUCCGUCGACCGGUCCAUCCGCAUCGCCAGGUCCUGUGGCUUGGCGGGGGCGGACUCGCCGGGGUCCCGCGACGGGAGCCCGCGCAGCGCUAGCGACGGCACCCAGCACCCGGCCGCCGCCGGCGGCGGCAAUGCCCAGUCCAAGAGGAGCAGGAAGGGGACCCCGUGUGUCAGGAGGCAGGUGCGGGUGGCCUCGGUGGACAUGGCGCCCCUGGACGACGGGAUCAGCUGGAGGAAGUACGGCCAGAAGGACAUCCUCGGCGCCAAGUAUCCCAGGGCCUACUUCAGGUGCACGCACCGGCACACGCAGGGCUGCGCCGCCACCAAGCACGUGCAGCGCGCCGCCGGCGACCCGCUGCUCUACGACGUCGUGUACCACGGCGCGCACACCUGCGCCCAGGCCGCGCACCCCGGCGCGGAGCAGCUGCGGCAGCAGCUACAGCUGCAGCCUGAACCCGGGCACGCCGACGCCGGUCAGGAGCAGAGCUCGCCGCCGCUGGCGCUGCAGGAAACCGAGGGCCUUCAGGCCGGGCCGGAGCCCAUGACGCCCUACUGGUUCGGUGCCCCCGCGCCGGGUGACGGCGCCGACUUCCCGCUCCUCUCGCCGACGGGCUUGGAGUGGCAGCUCAGGAGCAUGGACCACGAGACCCAGUUCGAAGAGUUCUACACGAAUGCUGCUGAUCCCUCCCAAUGGGACUACCAGGACCUGUACGCGACCAAUUAGAUGGAGAUCUGCCAUAUCUGCCCAGUCAAUAUGUGUAGCACGUACGGUAGUUGUACUGAACUGAACUUUGCCAUCAGUGUUAGCUCCAGAUUCUAGUGAACUUCUCUGCUACUAUCUGCAGCUGGGUGCUAUAGCCUUGUCCAAGGCAAACCAUGACUUCACAGCUUAAAAAUGGGCAACGGGAGGAAGCUAAAAA